AUGGACGCCGAGGCGGCCGUUGGAUCUUCCUCUCUCGCCUCUCUGCUUCAGAAUGGCGGGGCGUUCCAGGACGCGUCUUCCCCCUUCUUCUUGACUGUCGCUGCUGAUCCUCAGAAUCCCUGGUCUUCUCUCUGGCGCGUAAAAGAAGAAGUCUUGAAGGCCUUCUCUGCCGCUCCUCUUGCUUCGCGUUCUCCUUUUCGGAGCCACGUGUCUCCGGGUUCCGCCUCCCUUUCGCUCAAUGGUGCAGCGGAUGCAUGCGCGUCCCAUGGGAGUGAACGGAGUAAAAGAGAAGGAGAUGCGCCCGCCCGCGAGUCGCCGUCCAGGGCGACAGACCACCACCGCCCUGAGGUGUAUGUACAGGAGGUGUGGAGCAGCGACUUGUGGGAUCGCCAGCGACGUGGCUCCUCCUGGGCAGAUCUGCUUCGCGAGUCUCUCUCGGCCUUUCUGGCCUCUGCCUCGAAGACAAAAAUCCUCCUUCUCAUGCAUCCCGACGCCUGGUUUCUCCCGCCGACUUCCCUGCCAGCACCGCUCCCUUGCUCCUCCUCUCCGGCCGUGCAUGCGUCUGCGCGCGAUACCGGCGCGGACGACGCGGCGGGGGGCGACACGGGCUCACGCCUGGCGGCGCAACUGACUGGAGCUUUGCGGGAUCAGUUGGAAGACAGCGACGCGGAGAACCGGGACGGCGUGGACAGCGACGAGGACGCGCCGCGCACCCCGCGCACGCCUUCCUUAGCGAACGGGCGAAAAUGUCAAGGUCGAAAUCGCCGCCAAGACGCGCAGUUGAGGGACGCGAUUGAAGUGGAACUCGACGCGCUCUUUCGCUGGCUCCAGGAGGCCCUCCGUCUCCAAGUUGAGGAGGAAGAAAGCAACAGGGAUGGACAGCAUGACUUGCUCGCGCAUGCAAUCAACUUUCUCGCCAGCAGCGACUCGCGGAAGUGUUCAAACAGGCCCUCGUGGUUUCCGACGCUCCCUGCCGGUUCCGCCGCCGGGCUGUCCUCUUCUCCCGGUUCUGCGCCGCCUUCUCGCGCCUUUGUCAUUGCUCUUCUGCGACUCCCCCUGCGACCGGGGUCUGUCUUCCAGCGGGCGUUUUCUCUCCACUUUCCCUUUUGGCGAAUUUCGAGCGGUUCAUGCAGACGCAGUGGCGCCAGUCGUGUGCCUGCGCGGCGGGGACGCGGCAGCACACUGCGGCAAGGCGUCGCGCGCGACCUCGAGCUCUCAAUCUCGUCCCCGAAGCGCGAAAACGCCGACUCCGGAGGGACGGAGACGCCCAAAGGGAUGCCCGUCAACGCCGAAGAUGAAGAAGAGAAAGAAGGCGAAGAAGACGAAGAAUGGGAAGAAGACAAAGAAGGUGAAGAAGAUGAGAAUGAUGAGGACAAAAUGGAAGUCUAUCGCGAGGCAGCUCUUGGCGCGCUUGCAGCUCUUGCAGAUGCGCCGAUCUUGGAGUGCGAAGAAAACUGGGAUGAACCUCUGAGAUGGGUUUUGCAGGGUGGUGUUUUGCAGGGUGGCGACAGGCCGUGCGCCGUCGCAGGAGAUCCAACAGGACUGGUGGGGGAGGCAGGAAACCGCGAGAGCCGAGCACGAUGGGAAGAAGGGGAAACGCCGCAUUUAGAGGAAAGGAGGCUGGGCAAGGGCGGGCUUUCCCCUGUGGGGCGGAGCGGCGAAGCGGAAGGCUGCCGGCCACGUGUUUAUACCUCGACAGUCCAUGCCCCUCUGGACCCCUUCCAGUGGAUUCCAGAAGGCGAGGAAGGCGACUGCUUUCUUGAUGACAGAGAAAGGAACAUUUUAAGUCUGUGGAAGAAACAGGCCGGCCUUGGGCGCACAUACUCGAGACAUCAGAAACGGCAUCUUCGGGGAGGGGACGGAAGUCAUCUGCGCUCGCUGCCUUCACCCGCGUCUCCCUGGCAUUCUCGUCACUCGGCGUCUUCCUCUACGUUUUCCUCUACUUCUUCCUCUAGUUCUUCCUCUAGUUCUCCCUUUAGUUCUUCCUCUUGUCCUGCCGCGUUGUCGUCCUCUGUUCCGUCCUCUAGUUCUUCCUCUGGUUCCUUCUCUGCUUCGUCUUCUCCCUCUGCGUUUUCUGCCUCGGCGACUCCGCAUGCAGACCAGGCCGCGAGUUGUCCAUCGCGCUCUUAUCCGUUUUCUCUUUCUCGCCUCCCUCCUCCUCUCUUCGCCUCGUCUCCGCCUCACUCCCGAUCCCCGCGUUCACUUUGCGCUGCUCGACAGGCUGUGUGGGCGGCGCUAGGAUGCGCGGGAACUCGAAAACGUGGCGACGGAGGGCGACUCGGAGACUCGGCGUCGCCAAGGCUCUCCACGAGAACGAGACAGCCCGACUCGUCCAACUUUCCCGAAACCCGAUACGCCGGCGAGCAAAGCGAAAUACACGACGAAGAGAGAGAGGACAGAGACAGAGACGACAAAGACAGAGAAGACAAAGACAGAGAAGACAAAGGCAGAGAAGACGCGUUUUCUGCGUCGUCUGAGUGCGGCCAUCUGGCCUUGUUCGAGCAGGUUUUGCGAAGACGGGGCCUGCCUGCGAUUCAGUUUCUCCCCCCACGGAACGUGCAGUUGCUUCUGCGCGUGCCGCUGUCCCCCCCGCGUCGCCAACAGAGCGCGCAACACAACACGCGACAAAACGAAGAGGCGAGAUCCCGAGAGGCAGGGCGCAGCGCGCCGCAUGCAGAUCGUGCCUCCCGAGAGGCGCGCGCGAUCCAAGAGACAAACGCAUGCGGCAGGCUCCAGGAAUCUCCUCCCGCGCGGAUACCCCGCGGGUCCCUUGUUUCCGAGAAGGCGCCUCGAGCAAUUCUCAUCUGUGGCCCAACUGGAAGCGGCAAGACGACGCUUCUGCAUGCACUCGGGGAGCUCUUCGGUGGCGGGUUCGCUGGCGAAAGCGAGGACGAGAGCGAGGAGAUAAACGGCGAACGGGGGAGCGAACGCGCGCUGGAGAGGAAGAACGGAAACAGACCAAGCCGCCGAGGUGGAGGAUCAGCAGGCGUGAUUCACACGCAUGUCGGGGAGCUUCUUCAAGCGGUCGUAGGAGGAUCUCAACGCGCCUUGCUGAAGAUUUUUGUCGACGCCGCCGGAACGUCUCCUCAUGCUGCGGUGUGCAUCGAAGGUUUGGACGCAGCCCUGGGACUCCGGGGAAAACUGUGGGAAGAUGAGGUCCAGAAGGCGACCCGGAGAGCGAAUCGAAACGACGAGAAUGCGGCGAGCGAGACCGGGAGCCAGCGCGAAGGCAAAGACGCGAGCGAAGUGGACGGGCGAGGGAGAGGAAGGCGAGAGAGCGCGAAAAGAAGCGAAACGGAACGCGACACGGAAAGCGAUGCGAUCGGAGCUGAAGAGACCAGAGACGGCGAAUGUGAAAAUCAUAAGGAGGAAGGAAAAGUAAAAACGGAACUGUCUGUGGAUUCCGGCGAAACCGCCAGGUCUGCGGUCGCCUGUGAGGAUGAGCGAAGAUGCACGGAUGCUCACGCUCCGACUCCACACGCGUCACUUGCAGUUGGUGCGUCUGCGCAGAUGAGCGAGAAUGGAGCCGCCGAUGUCUUUGCCUCGUCCUCGGAGGAAAGCGACAGUAACUUCUCUUGUGAAACGCUUCCGCGUGACGACAGCAGCGAGUUGAGUAGCGACUUUGGCGACGGCGGAUCGUCUGAGGACGACUCGCCGGCUCACGAGGUCCAGAGGAAUCUUGCGCAGUUUUUCGAGACACUCGUUGAGGUGUAUGUACACCACGUCGGGACUCCCAAAGGCGUGCCUCCGCAGCUUCGUCGCCUGACGAAGCAAGUGCGCGCUUUCCGCUUCGAUCCGGGGCUGUAUGACCCUCCGCGUCUCGUUCUGCCUUCUCCGUGCAUUAGCCGAUCUGACUCAAUCUCUUCUGGGGUCUCGCCUCCCGGACCUUCCUUCAGGAACUCAGCGCGCGGGGUCGAUGGCGACCGUUCUGUAAAGCGCGAAGACGGGGGCGCGCCGACCGCGACAAAUUGCUUCCUGGAGCAUGCAAAGCGCGAAGCCUUCCUCGUUUCGCUGUCGGCUGCAGCGCACGCCUCGCGCCUGAGGUGUACAGACACCUUGGGAACUUGUGGGAGAGACCGACGGCCGCAUGCGCCCGAGGGAGGCGAGCGAGGGCGCGGGGAAGAGGCGAAGGUGCCGAAGACGAAGAAAUCUUCCGGCACGAAGGGACUGCGGAGGCAGGAGGAGUACGCGCGGCAACGGGAGGCUCUCGAGGCUGCGCGACAAUCUGAAGACGCGAUCUUUGUGGAGCGCUUGAAAGCCGAAGAAGAAGAGAGAAAGAGGGUGGAGAUGGAAAGAGAACGGAAACGACGGGAAGAAGAAGAAAGGAUUCGCCGGGAGCGAGCAGAGGCGGAGAGGAAGGCGCAGGAAGCGGCGGAGAAGGCGAGGAAGGAAGAGGAGCGACGCAGAAAGGAAGAAGAGGAGAGGAGAAAGCAAGAGGAGCUGAAGAAGGAAGAAGAGCGGAAGCGGGAAGAGGAGCGGAAGAAGGAAGAGGAGCGGAAGAAGGAAGAAGAGCGGAAGAAGGAAGAAGAGCGGAAGAAGGAAGAAGAGCGGAAGAAGGCAGAGCUGAAGAAACAAGAGGAGGCAGCACAAACUGGCUCUGCACCAACGCCAUCUUCUGCCAAGUUGUCGACGGAACAGGAAGCUGCCGAUCCGAUGGCUGCGUAUCUGCCCAACGCCUCCGACCCGUCCGGGAACGGCGCGUAUGUGAAGGAGGUUGCUGUCCUUCUUCAAGAAGCUGGACGCACCCGCGAGACCACGCUGACGCAUCUCCAAGGCCUGACUGAGGCGCAAGUCAAGACUUUGAGAAUCGACAUCAAGAAGAAGAUCAACACCGCGCUGAACCAGUUGGCGAGCACGACCUCGCAAGUCAUCAGAACCUGCGAGACACUCCGCGGGUUCCAGCGUCAGUUGAAAGCUGGACAACAAGAAGCUUUGAAUUUCUUCCGCUGGCAGCUGUGCGAUCGGCUUCUCCAGCUCACAGAGAAGGGCGGCCAGGUUAGCGCGAGACCAAGUGCUGCGUGGGCGUACGCUUUUUUGGUUCGCGGACUGAUUCAAGAAGACCCUGCUCUUGAACGGUGGCUGCGCGCCCACAUGUACGCGACAUGCUGCUACGCUGCAGCCUUCUACUACCGCAAGAAACCGGACAUGUCUCUGGAGCAGUUCCGGAGGGUGCGCGGUCAGAGAGACGGCGAAGACGAAGAAGUUUUUUUCGCGCGCAUGGCCGCGUGCCUGCGUCUCUGGCUGGCCUACCUUGUCGCCGCACACAAGGAAGAUGAGAUCUGGUCCUGGUUCGCUCGCUUCGUCAACCUGAACUUGGCGAGUCCAAAAGCUGCGCGCAGGGUUUGCGCCUGUGUGCUGGUCGAGGGGCUGAAGGUGGCGGGGCCGGCGGCGCUUCAGGUGUACAGGAGGCAGUUCCAGAAGAUCAUCGAUGUGAUUCAGAAACACCUCAGUCCGCUUCUCGUCGCGAUGCAGCAAAAGAGUGAAGGGAGCAACUGUUUGUCGAUGUAUGUCACCCAACUGGAGACGGUGUUGGCGAACUACUACGCGAACAACUGCACCCUACCGGAGCCCGAAGGCAAGGCCAUGAAGAUGGAGGCUACGGAGGCUAAUCCUGAUGUCUAA